UGCUUUUUUUUCUUAAAGGAGAAGCUACAGUGUUUUUUUUUUUUCCCAUCUCUCCAAACAUGGAACUUCGAAAACCGAAGGCGAUGUGAAAACCAGGAAACAGGUUUUCCAAAGGUACUUGGUUUCACUUUGUUUCAAUUCUUGCAAACAGAGGCUUCGGAAUUCCAAACAGGGCCAAACUGAGGGGGGGAGGGGGACGACGACAGGACCAACGGUUGCCUAGGAGUAGUGUCAGCUGAUAACCUCUUCGCAACUGGAACGCGGGGAGAAGGACGCUUCACACGGCGCAGGCCGAGAUUACAGUUAAACGGUUUAGUUGUAGGAAGCGCGCGCCACGGCCGGGCUUGUGACUCGGCACGCGCGUUCCCGACGUGACUCGCCAGUUGAUUGGCCCGUAGCGAGCCAGCCCGGCUUAUUGCUCUGAUUGGCAGGGUGGGCGGGCAAGGUCCUACAUCUGUUCUCUUGAUUGGUUGUCGUAGGAGGAUCUUGCGUCCGGCUUGAACUCUGAACUUGUGUUUCAUUGGUCUCGUUCCCACGGAGGGGGAGGAGACUUCCGAACAGAGGCGGAGUGAGCGGUAAGCAGUACUGUCAGGAGCGGGAGUGGGAGCCGUUAUCGGGGCCCCCUCCGCCAGCUGCUCCGAUGCCGGGAGCGUCCGAGCAGCCGGAGACGCAGAAAGAAGAGCCACAGCAGCCGGACGGAGAAGAGGAGUGCACUCCGCCUCCCAGCAGCCGCCGGCGUCCCCCGCCCCCUUCCAGUGUUACCGUCGACCUAGAGGAGGAGUCUGGCGGCAGUCGGGUGCUCCGGGGGAGCCGGGAGCGAGGCCGGGCUGCCGCCGCUGCAGCAGCCGCCGCCUCACGACGAAGGAAGGCUGAGUACCCUCGCCGUCGCCGCAGCAGCCCCGGCGCCCAGCUGAACGACGAGUCUGAGGAACUGUUGCCUGGCGUUGAAGCCGAACCGCUGCCAACUGCCACUCUGCUUGGCGUUGCCUGCAGGAAGGCGUCUCCGCGCGGCUCGUACCUGGAAAAAGCUGUUGUGAAAGAUCCAAAAGAAGAAACGGAAGAGGAAGAAGUCACAACUAUUAUUGCUGCUGGUAUCCCAGUUAGUACAGCCAGGCCCACUCGAGGCUGGCGUAGCAACAGGGCAACUGCAAUUCACCAGUGUGAACCGGAGAAUUCACGCAGUUCUAGGUCCAAGACUGGAUCCCUGCAUCUCAUCUGCAAGUCAGAACCAAACACAGAUCAGCUAGAAUUUGAGGUCACAGAAGAGCAUCUUUCUCCAACUGGAAUCAGUGAUGAAGAAGAAAUGCUCAUCAGUGAAGAAGAAGUUCCCUUCAGAGAUGAUCCAAGAGAUGAAACUUAUAAGCCCCAUUUAGACAGGGAAAUUCCAAAACAGAGAAAGAAAUCAGGGAAAGGAAAAGAAGAAAAAGAGAAACCGAAAGAAAUUAAAGUAGAGAUAGAAGUCAAAGAAGAAAGUGAAUUUCGGGAAGAUGAGGAGCCACCCAGGAAGAGAGGACGGAGGAGAAAAGAUGACAAGAGCCCAAGACUACCCAAAAGGAGGAAGAAGCCCCCAAUACAGUAUGUUCGCUGUGAGAUGGAAGGAUGUGGUACAGUUCUUGCACAUCCUCGGUAUCUACAGCAUCACAUCAAGUAUCAGCACUUGCUGAAAAAGAAAUAUGUCUGUCCCCAUCCCUCUUGUGGGCGCCUCUUUCGACUCCAGAAGCAACUUUUGCGGCAUGCCAAACACCACACAGAUCAAAGGGAUUAUAUCUGUGAAUAUUGUGCUCGUGCUUUCAAGAGUUCUCACAAUCUAGCAGUUCACCGAAUGAUCCACACAGGCGAGAAGCCAUUACAAUGUGAGAUAUGUGGAUUCACCUGUCGGCAGAAGGCAUCAUUGAACUGGCACAUGAAAAAGCAUGAUGCAGAUACCUUUUACCAGUUCUCAUGCAAUAUCUGUGGAAAGAAGUUUGAGAAAAAGGACAGCGUUGUAGCACAUAAGGCAAAGAGCCACCCAGAGGUGCUUAUUGCUGAAGCGCUGGCAGCCAAUGCAGGCGCCCUCAUCACUAGCACUGACAUCCUGGGCACCAAUGCAGAGUCAAUUGCCCCACCCACAGAUGGCCAGGGUCUUCCCCUUCUUCCAGAACCCCUUGGAAACACCGCUUCUGGAGAGUGUCUGCUGCUGAACCCUGAUGGGAUGCCUAAGGCAUACUGCAGUGGGGGUGACCGUGUUAGUCUGAUGGCAGAUGGAAAAAUCUUUGUGGGCAGUGCUAGCAGUGAGAAUACAGAAGGGCUGGUCAUGAACACAGAGAUCCUUGGAGCCACCACUGAAGUUCUAAUUGAAGAUUCUGAUUCUACAGGACCUUAGUGAGAAAAGAGCACAUGGGUAUUGGGACAACUUGAACUUGUAUUUAAAAAAAAAUAAAAGGAAAAAAAUCAUUCAACAUAGAGAAGCUAAACAAAUUAAAAUUACUAGUCAGAUAACUAAAGGGCCUGCUCCCCCACUCACCCACCCCCUUCCUGAGUGGAUCACUGCACAUUCUUUCAGAGUCCCUUGGAGAGGAAUGUUGCCUUUACACAGACAGUCUGACAAAGCAAAGGAAUUCUUGCAAUGCAGUGAAGAGAAGCAGCCAGAGCCUAUCCCUCUCCCUGCCCUCCCAAGUAAGCAAACUUCCUGCUUCUUGACCACAUCGCAAGCUUGAAGGUGUUUGUGCUUGGAUCGGUAUCUAAAUCUUGGAAUCCUCUUUUGGUUUUCCAGUCACUCAUCCUGUUCUAUGCAUUGUUACACUUUGACCCUUGCAGGCUGUUACUUUUCCUUCUAGGGUUUGGAAGUAUAGUUUGGCACUUUAGGAUGAGCUGUAAAACAGCAUAUAUUUGUUUCUCUCAUCCUUCCCUUCUGCUUCUGUGAGGAAAGAAUGGGUAUACCAGCACUCUGAUGGUGUGUGCUUUCUUAAUGAGGGAUGCCAUCCUUUUUUGUACAGUUAUGCUGGCUGCAAAAGUGUGUGGGAGAAGCAGUGAGAAUGGUUGCUAGGCUGGUAAAAGUAAAUUUGCACUUUGAACAUGUCAUUUUUGUUUGUUUUUUAAAGUGGAGAUAACAAUUUCUUAUUUAUUGUUUUUUUUUGGGGGGGGGGGGUUAAAAGGGCUGUUUUAGUUGCUGUUUAGGGAAGUUUUUUCCUUCCAAAACUGAAAUACCUUUUAUGUGGCAUAUAGCAGGAACAGCAAACCAUGUUUAGGAAUUAUCUCUUUUUCCUAAGGGGAAAAAGUGCUAGUGUCGCAGAGUAGGUCUCAUUGUCCAUUCUGGAAAACAGUAAGGAGCCCGUUAGCUUCAACAUUGCUUGUUUGGAGAGGGAAGGAUCAGGUUGAGGAGGAGCAAUGGCUACUUUAUAGCUCUGCUAUCAUUAAUCAUUUCAACUUUUUAAACCUCUUUCUCACUGUGUUUCAUUGUUUGCUUUACCUGUAGCUUGGAUGGGCAAAUGCCAGGAAGAACAGCAAGUCUUGUCUUGAGGUUGUACUAAUUUCUGAAUAUCUUUGUGGCUAGCGUUCUAACACACUCUGCCUCUUAGACAUUUUGACCCAGCCUUUUCAAAUCCAUUUUGAGGCAAAACUGACAUUGAGUGGUGGAAUCUCAAUCUUUCUUCAGCCAUACGUCCAGUCUUCUCAUUUAGAUGCACAUAUUUUUGUUUCUGUGAAACUUAUUGGUGUGAGUAUCAACAGAGAAUGAAAUGAGUUUAGUAUUUUGUUGGAAAAUUAGAAAGGCAAAUGUGACAUUUAAGUAUUUUUGAGGUAUCAUUUGUGGGAGCUCUUGACUAUUUAUGAGCUUGUAGUGGCAUAAUACUUCUGCGAUUCAUUAGGUUUUUUAAUAACCUAAUAUGUUCAUAAGUCCAAGGACUGAACUGAGGAUUUCUCUUGAGCAUGAUUAUAAUUAAACAGUUGUGCUGCCAUUUGUGUUAGAGCAGUGUUUUGAUACUUAAGGGACAAAAGGCUUUUAGUCUAGCGCUCUACCUCACAUAAUUCUAAAUCCUGUUGUAGCACUCACUGGCAUUAUCUGCACACAUUUCCAGCUACACCUUUUUGUAGUCCUUGUUAUCUGGAGAGGAGCCUCAAUGCUGUUCCUUAUAGCUAGCUGGAAGCUAAGCAUCAGCAGGAUAUUAAGUGAAGCACUAAAAUGAGCCAGUCGUGGUCAGUCCUGCACAUGUGCUCCAGCCUACCAGGAGUUUUAUCUUGCCUCUUCUGCAGCAUGACCAGAGACUUUAACAGCCUUUUCUGUUUUGUGCUGCACAUAGCCUAGCAGAUGCUUGUUGUGCAUACAGACAUGAAUUCUCUCAUAAAGUUCACACUGGAAUGGUGUCAGGUUGAAAGCUUGUCCUGUGCUCUACUGAGGAGACUGCCCACUGUGGAAUAUAGUGUGGUGUAACCAAGAGAAAUCGUCAUGUAAAUUGUUUUCAACUUGUGCAGGCUUGUAACUUGACAGGACAGAGAUGCUAUAGAUGGUUAGGUGAUCUGUUCCCCUCCUUGAGGUGCCCAUCAGUCUUUUAGCUGUCUCUUUUAGACAAUUCUGCUGAUUGCUUUCCCAUGGGUGUAUGUAUGAAAGUAACUGUCUUGUAUUUAAUAAGAACAGCCCCUUGCACUCCAGUGUAGAUAAGACCAUUACAACAACUUCUCUGGAUUUAUGAACUGAACCAAUUGGUUUCUGAUACAAAACUUUCUACAGUUUCCCCUGUGUGUCUCCCACCAAAACGCAUGCAGUUUUGCUUCAAUUAUUGUACUUGCAAUAAAUUAUUUGUAUUUUCUUCUAUUAAGCUUUUUUCCUCUGUGAAGGAAGCAUGGUGCUGGGAGCUGAAGCUAUAUAAUCUCCUUCCUCCUUCAAUAUAGGAUAGUUUACAAUAACUAAUCUGACAUUCACCGACUGCAAGUGCAGUUCCAUAGUCUUGUCUUAUCUGUAAACUCUUUGAAUGGUAAGCAUUUGAGCCCCUUCCUGUUCAUGUUAGGGAUCCUGUGCAUCUCCCUUUUAAGGAGCUGAAACAAGCUUAUUUCUUAGUUGGAUGAGUUUGAAUUCCCUCCAGCAUUUCACCUGAAUGGCAAUAGAACAGUAGAUGAGAACAAGAAUCUCAGGAGUUUUGCAAAGGCUAGCAUACUUUAAUGUAUGAAAAAUGGCCCAUCUGAUUUAGAUGCUUCAUUGCUGUGGUCUCUGAAAAGUGGCAUGACACUGAUGAGUUUGUGGGAAGAGAGAAAGGGGAGAUAAAGCCUUGGUGGCACUUUCCAAGGAGAUUUUGAAGAGCUGGGGGCAAACUGCACUUGCAUUGCAUUGUGAAUCCUACCAGAGGACAGGGGCCAGGAUUUGCGAUUGAUAGCAGAACUACCUGAAGUAGUAGCCACUGGGUGGCAACAGAGCUGUGUUGCAUUGUGGCACAUCCCUAUUUUUUAGUGUAAGGGGAAAGGAUGGUGGAAUUGACAAGUCUUUGAUUGCUUAAAAGCCUUGUUGCAUACAGAGUUCUCCACACAGUGGUGGUGGAUACCUGGGGAGGGGAACGGGGGUGGGUGGGGAAGGGGCAGUGUUAAAUCCAUGUUGAUAAAGGGUUGUGUAUACAGAAGUAAAUAAACUAAUAAAAAGGGAUACUCUGUUUUU